CAGGCGAGCUCGGCCCAUUCACACACCUACCUAAUAUGCACCAUAAUUAGUUAAUUUAGAGAGAAAUAUUUUUCAUAAUCUUUUAAAGCGUAGUCUGCAUACUUCGAUUAUUACAGUCCGGUAGAAAUAUUUUGUUACUAAUACCCUUAUACUUCAUAAUUUGUAUUACUUAACAAUUAGGAUAAUAUAUAUAUUAUUACAGUACUUAGUUAACUUAAAAUUAAUUGAUUAAGGUUUAGCAAAUAGGUAAUACACCUAUCAACAAAAAAGUGAGCCAGAAACAGAAAUGACAUAUGCUGUCAAACAAAGCCAAAACAGCAUAACAGCAAACUCAGAAUGCUUAUUUCACACACACACACACACACACACACACACACACACACACACACACACACACACACACACUAAAAAGGCUAUAAAUACCACAUCCUAGGAGUUCCCAAAAACCAAGCAAGAAUCAAACUCAUCACACAUUCAAAACCACACAUCAGAAAAAUAUCCCAUUUUCUCGAAAAAGAAAAAAGAAAAUGAAGGGUGGAGUUAUAGCAGUGAUCGCAAUUCUUGCCGUUUUCCAAUUGGCUGUUCAACACGGGCAGGCAGUUACAUGCGGUGAGGUGGACGUAUCUCUCAUGCCGUGCAUUAAUUACCUAAUCGGGCACGACAGCAGCCCAUCACCGGCUUGCUGUGCGGGGGUAAAAGCGGUCAAAGGGAUGGCUUCGACCACAGCCGACAAAAGGACUUGCUGUGGCUGUGUCAAAGCUGCCGCUAACCGCUACACCGACUUGAAAGACGAGGCGGCUCAGAGCCUGCCCACUAAGUGCGCCGUUCAGCUCGACAUUCCUAUCUCUCGUACUGUCGACUGUACCAAGAUCAACUAAGAUGGGAAGAAGUAUGAAGAAGAAGAAGAAUGGAGCUGCAAUUUAUAUAUGAGCCUAAUUAAUAAUAGGACUAUGUUAAUGUACCAGAAGAAUAAGUAGCAAAGAAAAGGACAGAUUCUUGAUCCAUUGUUCAAGAACAUUGUUCUUCGAACUUUACUAUUAAA